UCUGACCCCGCCUCUUGUGCCUCACCUGGCGCGCUCCGCGCGGCAGGGAGGGUGCUCCACCGCCGAUCCAAGAACUCCGCGCGGAGUUCCGAAAGCUUGUGUUUGUGCCUUUUCUUCCUUCUUCUGUCAUCAUGUUCUCGCUGGCCUUGAACACAGUCGGCCUGUUCGCCAUGGGGCUGACCGUCGCCGGCGGCCUGGGAGGCCCCAGCAGCGGCGGCUGGGAGCUGAGGGCCUACCUUUGCGGCCACGCGGCGUACACGCUCGGCAGCAUGAUCCGGGACACCAUCUUCCCCCCCCUGACCGCCUGCUUCCCCGAGGACCUCGUCAAUCGACUUAGCGCGAACAGGAGGUCGCUCGUCCACGUCGGCGCCCUCGUCGGCGGGACCCUCGUUGCGGCCGGCAGGCUGGGAUCGUACAUCCUCGCGCAGGCGGCGGGCAUGCUGCUGUGCCUCGCGCUGCUCGCGCGCACGGUGGCCGCCCCCGGCGCCCUGGACUCCCUCGCCGGAGCCCCCGCGCCGAGCGUGCGCGCGGCGGCGCCCGUCGCCGUCCUGUCGUGCGGCGGCGCUGGCCGCGCGUUCCCGCUGCUGGUCCUCUCGCGCUUCUUCCAGAGCUUGGGCUUCGUCAGCACCUCCACGGUGGUGCUGCUGGUGCUCCUGCGGGCCAACGUGCGGGAGCUCGGCGCGGGCGGCGCGGCCAGCCUCGUCGCGAGCGCGGGCGUCGUGGGCCACUUCGCGGGCCUGGCGGCCAACCUGGGCCUGGGGCGGCGGCGGGCCCCGUACGGUGUCCCACACGUGCUGGCUUCGGCGGCGCUGUACUCCCUCGCGAUGGGGUGCUACCCGUCCGUGCGGACCCCCGCCCAGUUUCUCGCGGUGACCGCCGCGCUGCGCGGCGCGCGCACGCUCGGCAAGGCCACCUCGGACGCGCUGGCGCUCCGCGCCGCGCGGCCCCUGGGCCCGCGGAAGGCCGCGGCGCUGCUCGCGCGCAGGAUGGCGUUCAAGUGCGGUCUGCUAGCCGGCAAGUACGGCGUGGCGCCUCUGUUGGCUCUCGGCGACGAGCAGCUGGCCCUGCGGCUGGUGUUUGCGCUGGGCGCCGCGGCCUCGCUGCUGGGCGCCCUGCUGCAGCUGCCCACCUGCUGGCUCGCCGCCUCGGCAGGAGCGCCCGCCCUGGAAAAGAGCGCCGGCGGGCCGCCGUGAGCCGCCCCCCCCCCCCCACUGCGGUGAGCCGGGUCGCGGUUCACCGCGGGCGGGAUGCCUUUGUUCGCGCAAA